AUGCCAUGUAUGUAUUUCUCAGGGGAAGAGAGCAAGGAAAUAGCUUUCGAUGAUCCUGCCAGUGAGUGCAUCAGGAUCAACCCAGCACUUUAUACAAAGGUACAGAAUGACAAUGACCAAAAUGCCAGAGUCUUUUUAGACACUCAUUUAUUGAGAGUCCACAACGAUAUACCAGAAGAAGAGUUUACUCUUGACAAAAUAGAGCGGAUAGUACCCAAAAGCGAUGCGUCGGUAUCGGUUGAGACGAGGGCGUUCAUACUCGCACUUAAUUAUGUUACCAACUUAAUGGUGGUAGCCGACUUUAGGGAGAUGACCAGCAACGAAUUUAAAACAACUUAUCUUGCUCCACUUGACAACGCUCUCAGAGGGUCUAUUAUCGAUGAUGAAUAUUUGCUGAAGCGAUAUGCUUAUCCAUUUGGAGAUGCUACAAAUGUGGAAGGUGAUAUCCAGGAAUACUUUGAUCAAAAAAUAGCGGAUUCGAUCAACACGCUUUACGGUGAGAUUUAUGGGAAAUAUCAUAAGUUUGGCAAGCCAACUAUCAUAAGACCACCUUUAGAUAGAAGACGUAUAAUAAAGCCGGAUAUCAUUCAUUUUGCAAUGAAUAAACUGUCUCCUAAUCGGCAAAAUCCGGAAAUCUGUUUUGGGAUAGGUGAUUACAAAAAGAAGAGUUAUCAUUUAGCACGAGGGUUUAAAGAAUUGAAAGCAACGUUAAAAGAAUAUAAUAAGUGCUUAUCAGACCAGAGAAGCUUGAGACUGCACUCGACGAAUACUAUAUUUCAAGACCGAGAAUGGACACCCAGAGUGGUAUGCGCUUUAGUGCUAAGGAAGUAUAUUUAUCAAGCUUUCCUCUGUGGGACAGAUAGGGUAUUCAUUUCAGACCACCAAUCUUUUUCUGGAUUUUUCAGGUAUAAUAUUGCAAACGACGGAAGUAUGGUAAUAAACUACUACGUUAUUAACGAUCCUGAGACUGUCGAACAUGGAAUCACUUUAAGGUCUGCAAUUGCAGGAUUUUUCUACGAAGAGAGAAAAGAGGCUCUUGACACAAAGGAGCGACUAACGAGAGCCCUUGAGGUAGGGACUAAAACAAAAGGGACUGACCCAUUUGAGAAUGUAGUUCCUAGACCUGUGGAAGAACCAUCCCAGGAUCGUAAGCGUAGUAAACUAUCUGGAAGCGAACUCAGUCAUUUUGAAGCGUUGGACGACAUAUUUAGAAUCUAUUCCCACGGCACCCAAGAAGAAGAACAUGGUAACAAAGAGGAUGGAGUAAUUUUUGAUAAAACAAGCAAGGAGUCUCAAAGUACGAGCAUUACAAAUGAUAGUGUUGCUUCAAAAGGUUCCGCGAUAAAUAGAAAGCUCACAAACCCUGUUUCACCUUAUUCAAAAGAUUUACAUGCUAUUGACCAGAUGUCAACUUAA